AUGGAGAUGAAGCAGCAGCAGCAGCAUAACCCUAAAUCUUCAAACAAGUUACGGAGACGACGAGAUUCAUCGAAACCAUGGUCGGAGCUUCCUUCAGAUCUGUUGAAUUCAGUGUUCGAACGCCUUGGCUUUGCUGAUUCUCGACGAGUUGAAUCCGUAUGUCGGUCUUGGUACUCCGUUGCGAGACGAUGCUUGGCCAAAAAGCAGAACCCAUGGCUGAUAAUCUUGCCAGACGAAGACGACAAGAUCGAAAACCAUUGGUGCACGCUGUAUAAUCCCGAGGAGAAUGGCAAGCUUUACAGAAUGCGAGCUGAUGUGUUCGAAUUCGCAAAUAGUUGUUGUUUAGCGACAUGUGGAAACUGGCUCCUUAUGGCAGAUCAUUGGUCUGAUCUCUACAUUUUGAAUCUGUUUACCCACGAGUGGAUCUAUUUACCUCCGGUGGAUUCACAAGUUGGUACGACAAAGGUGGAGCGAACCACCUCGAGAGGUCAGUUUUGUAUUUCAAACGAAAACGAUGAACCUCACCACCGCCCAAGGAAGUUCAAAGGUAUUAAUAUGGUUCUGCAUUCCCCUGCGUUUUGGAUUGACGAGCAAACCAAAGAGUAUGUAGUUCUAUGGGGACUUGGCAAAUGGUGUUUGGUUUAUUCCAAGAAAGGAGAUACCUUCUGGAGUCAGAUUCAAAUUCCCCAAGGUUAUUUUGCUGAUGUUUCUCAGAUGGUUUACAAAGAUGACAAGCUUUACUACCUCCUCCUAAAUCGUAGAACUGGUGGUUGUAUCAAAAUAUUCGAUUUCUCCAGAGAGAUUCCGCAUGAGACUUUUCACUGUGGUGUUGCUGUCGACCCUUCUCUACUUCAUCCAGUAACAACAACAAGCGAUUCAUGGCGAAUAAGGCGUACAAAACUUGUAGUCACAGUAAGCGGAGAUGUCCUCAAGGUUGAACAAUUGUUCAAGUGCGAACAACGUGUAAAACUCUGGUCCUUCCGCGUCUACAAGGUUUGCUCAUCAGAUUUCUAUAACAAGCAUGAUGAAAAAGUUGAUUCUUUGGGCGACGAGGCAAUGCUUCUUGAUCUAGGCAUCACUGUUCUGGCUAAUGAUGACAUUGUGGGUUUUAAGAGAAACUCCAUCUACUUCAAUGAUAUUUGGUAUGAAAAAAAGACUACUCAGAUUUGUGUCUUUAAUCUCGAGACACAGGAGAUGGAGGAUCCACUCCACAAGUUUGUUUGUUCCUCCGAGCAACAACUCGCCAGGGCUCGAUGGUUCCUACCAAGUAAUUUCAAGCAGACAUAA